UGCGAUAAGGAGAGGCUCAGACUCACUCUCUUCCUCUCAUUUUCUCCUCGUUCCCGCGCUCUCUCUUCUCUCUGUCAGCCAGUCACUAUUUGUAUCAUUUCCUCUUCUUCGCUCGUGUAUCCCUUUACGUUUUAUGCUUAGCGUCUCUUCUGCGCUCUGUCUAUUUCGCUCUGUAUAAAUCAGCUGUUAUUACCGUGCCGUAUAACUAACAGGACACUACUGACAAUAUUUUACUGUUCAAAGGAAUCAAACUUCCACUAAUAUUACAAUUCGUUGUAUAGCUGAGUUGACUCAUUAAUGAAUAUUCAACCACCAAACUGCAAUGAAUUCGUCAGCUACACAUGCAUUGGAACCAGACGAGUUUGCGAAAAUCAGCUUCGUUCUGCGACAGUAUUUCAUGCCUUCUGCGAUUAUAUUUGGCAUGACGACAAACAUAUUAACCGCCAUAUUGUUCAAAAAAUUUCACAGUAAGGAAAGUAAAAUUGCUCCGUUGUUGAUGGCCAUCGCUAUUGUUGAUACAAUAUACUUAUUUUGUCUUCUCCUCACAUGGAUCGAAUCCUUUUCUGUGGACAUCUACGAAGCUCCCGGCCUGUGCCAAAUUCAAGUAUUUUGCAGUCAUUACUUUGCUUUCCUUUCCUUUUGGUAUUUGGCGUGGAUUGUGUUUUUAAUAAUUUUUUCCUCUCUUGCUCCAAAUAAAUAUCAUUCUAUGCGUUCUUCUGGAAUGGUUACGCUGUGUUUUGUCGGAAUAACUAUUUUCGCAUUUACAGGAUACUUAUAUAAGACCUGGACCUUCGGGACAAGUGAAAUAUACGGUAGGAAAAUGUGUACAAUAAUUACAGGAACUCAGUCAGCAAUGAAACUAAUAUAUGUACUUGAUACAUUUUUCAUGUCCAUAUGUCCUUCGGCAGUUUUUGUCAUUUUCCAUAUUAUGUUGCUUCUGCGUUGCGUACGCUUACCACUUUACUCGACAGAUACAAGCAAUGACCACAGCAUAACUAAUGGGACAGAGGAAUACCGGCUUGUUGUAGCUCUGACCGUUUUAUACUACAUUUUUAUUUUUCCAAAUAUUGUUUCACAAACCUUCAACUUCAUGGAAACAGUGUACAAUAAAGAAAUAAUUUCAUUAUUCAAUAUUUUCCAACAACUUUUCAAUGCUUAUUUUGCUCUGAAGCCGAUAGUAUAUGUAUUUUUCUCAUCGAGUUAUAGGCAAGCGUUUGUUAAUUGCCUCAAGUCUUUGUGCAGAAAUCUGUCGUGCCAAUCGAGUAAAACACGUGUAAUCGCUGUCCCAACGGACGAAACGACAGUGUAAAAUAAAACAGAAUUGUUACAAGAUAUAUAACAAUUAUUGUGUUCAUAGCUUAUCCAAUAUAUCUAAUGGGUCCAUUAUAUCCUGAAAAAUGAAAUCAAUAUUCAUCCCUCCGAGAUAAACAUACGAAUGUUUAUGCAUUGAAGCAGAUUCACGGAAUUAUCGAAAUAUUUACACAGAAUGAAUAAAUAAAUAAGGGAAACUUAGUUCAUGCAACUGGACAAAGGAUUCUUUUCCAUGUGGUGUUUAAUGUAAAAUUCGAAAGAAAGUACUUUACAAUCGUUACUUUUAAAGGACAUAUAAAAUCACUUUAAUGGCUGUCUCAAAGAUGUUCAAAAAAGAUAGUAUAAAAUUACAAAAAGAUAGUAUCUAAAUUGAUACCAUGCCAACGGAAUUCUUAAAAUACACACACUCUCUCUUGUCCCCUCUCUUCACACACACACACACACAUACACACACA